GCGCCAGCAGCAUGAGCAUGGCAGGAGCGUUGAAGAAACCACUGCUGGUCGAGACGCAGGAACCCGACGAGGACGUCGGUGCGAUGGCGUCGAGUUAUGACGCCGACAGCGCCAACCUCGACGCCAACCUCGCGUCCGCGUACAAGCGCAUGGUCUCGGCGAAACAGUCCGUGUCCUUUGGCACGCCCAAGUCGGACACGGACAGCAUCCGCAUGAGCAGCGCCGAGAACGGGCUCGGGACGCCCAAGUCGGACUUUUCGUCGUCGCGCUACUCGGUGUCGCAGUUCUCCAACUCGAACUCGCGCCUCUCGUCCGCGUCGACGUCGCGGGUGUCUCUGCGCGAAGCCGCGAAAUCGCUGGUGUCGCAGCGCAAGCUCACGAUCCACGACGAAGAAGUGCGGUUACCGCACCCGGACGACGUCCGUGAGAGCAUCCGCAUGAUCCACGCCCACUCUCGACGCGACCUGCCCAACGAGUGCGAUAUGUCGACCGACGUCGUGAUUCAAAAGAAGACGUACACGCUGGCCUUGUCGCGCGACCUGCUCGUGUGGUCGACCGGGAGAAAACAAGUCGGCUGCAUCGAGACGGACGACAUUGUUGGCGCCGCGCCCAUCAGUGGCAAGAAGGACGCGUUCCGCGUGCAUUUCUUCCGCAAAGGCAAAGGUCGAGGCGCCAAAGCGCUCCUGCGUCGCCCGUCGACCAUGGACGUGCAGUCAAGAAACGAGGCAAUUGCGUCCGGCUGGAUCACGGCGCUGCAGGAGCUCGUGCGCUGGCAGGCGCGCGUGCCGCCAGCGACGCAGAUGCGCAAGAUCCGCGUCGUUGUCAACCCGCACUCGGGCGCGCGUCGGGCACCGCAGAUAUGGGAGAACGACGUCAAGCCGUACUUUGAUCUCGCCGGGUUCGACUACCACGUCGACUACACCACGUACGGAGGCCACGCCGUCGACAUGGGAAAGGAGUACUCGCCCGAAGAAGGCUACGAAGCGAUCGUGUUUGUCAGUGGCGACGGCACGAUCUGCGAGUACAUGAACGGGCUCCUCGCGCGCCCCGAAGACGAGUGGAAGCAAGUGGUGGCAUCGACGCCGAUCUCGCUCAUCUCGGCCGGCACGCAAAACGCAUUUGGCACCGGGGUCGGGAUUCCGACGACGGCCGCGGCCGUCUACUGCAUCAUCAAGCGCAAGCUGCGUCCGUUGGAUGUGAUCACUGCGAUUGCCGAGCACGAUCGGGAGGUCGUGCACUACAGCUGCUGCGGGCUUGGCUGGGGCGUCGCGGCCGACAUUGCCGAAGAGUCGGAAAAGUACCGCUGGAUGGGCACGAAGCGCUACGCGUUCCUCAAGAUCAAGCGGGCACUGUUUCCUCGCCGACACACGGGCCAAAUCAAGUACAUUCCCGUGCUGCCCGAGCCGACCCUUCGCAAGUACGACGACAUCAAGAACGAAGGAGCUGACGACCAGUUUGAUAUGGAGGAAGGCAACAUCUACGACGGCCUCGCGCGACUCCGUAGCCAGAGCAUGGCUCGCCCCGUCGGCGCAGUGCGAAGUCCAGCGAGUGCGCGGCGCUACAAGGAUGAGGCGUGGGUGGUCGAACGAGGCAAUUUUAUCGUCGUCGGGGCCGUCAACGCGGCGCCCGACGGCGUCUACUGCCACCCGUCGGACGGCUGCCUCGACCUCAUGAUUGUGCGCAAGGGCAACUUUUUCCAGACGCUGCAUUUACUCGGGCUCUACUUGGUCGGAAAAGAGCUCCAGAGCAAGCAGCUCACGUACAAGAAGAUCAAAGCGCUCGUGAUCGAGCAAGACCAGCCAAAUGGGUGCCUCAACAUGGACGGCGAAGUGCUCCAUGGUCCUGGCCCGUUCCGCAUGGAGGUUGUGCCGAGCCUCUUUAAAGUGCUCUCGGAAAAGUAG